UGUAACUCACUCCAAGCAGCUUGUGCUGAGAAUAGCAGACAUUUACUGGACUUAAAGUGUUAAGGAGAGCCUCUUUUUACCAGCGCUUUUGCCCUGUGAAUAUCGCAUAUUGGGACCGAGGUUUCAGAGAAGGCCAGCUGAGCUCCCAGGCCGAGGCGCUGUGUGGAUGCGUGGAUCAUGAGGGCGGACGGCAUUAACCCACGCACGGGGAUGGUGGUGGCCGGCUGCAGCGUCUUCCUGGUGUUCGGGUUCAUGUUCACCGUGUCGGGCAUAAAGGGCGAGAAGCUGGGCAAGGUGCCCCUCCUGGCCAUCGGCCCGGCCAUAUGCCUGCCGGGCGUGGCCGCCAUCGUGCUGGCCAACAAGACCCAGGGCUGCACCAAGUGGCCCUACCGGUGCAGGUGGCCCCGGAGAGGGAGGGAACCCCCGGAAGGGAAGGAGGCGCAGGAGCCCUGGGACCGGGGCGAGGGCCCGGACAGGCCGGCCCGAGGCGGGGACGACUCGGUGUCCACCGUCACCACGGUGGGGGAGUCCUGCCGGCUGAUCCGAAGCGUGGAGCAGGACGAGGUGCUACGCUACCUGCGGGCCUGCUACCCCGCUAGCGCCUUCGCGGCCGCAAGGGACAUCUCCGACUACUGCGCCCUGGACCGGCUGUGCGCCCCCAGGGAGAGCAUGGCUUACGGUGCGGGGCACGGCAGCGUGGUGUACAUGCCCCGGGACAGCAUCGUGGUGUACUCCCGCAGGGACAGUGCCCCCUACACCUCCUACUGCUGUAUCAACCCCCGGGACUUCACCUGGGGCAGAGAGACUGUGGUCUGACUCCAGCCGCUGAGCACCUGCACUCUGUCAUCCUUCGCUUUGCACUCAGGGAUAUCUUCAUUAACAAAGGUACAUUAUACUACUAAUACUAUACGCAUGUGGCCACUGCCUCUAUUUUUCCACUGUAAUUUGUCCAUAUAGAAGGUAGUCAAACAUAGUGAGAUUUUUUUAUACACAUUCAUA